UUACAGAGUGUACACCUUUUUUUCUCUCUCUUAUCUGUUCUCAUAGGAUACACUUUUUUUCUAGGUGCUGUCUGUUUGUGACUGCCAGAGGCUGAGAUCAUGCACACCAAGGAAAACUCAUGCUGCUGUUCAUUCGAGGACUGUAAACUGACUACAGAAUGGCUGCUGAGCAGGACGAGACACAGGCCGAAGAUCGCCAUCGUGUGUGGCUCGGGUCUGGGGCUCCUCGCGGAGAACGCCUCUAACAAACAGGACGUCCGCUAUGAGGAUAUUCCUAAUUUCCCAGUGAGCACAGUUCCUGGUCAUGAGGGGCGUCUUGUAUUUGGUAACAUCAAAGGCAAGUCCUGUGUCUUCAUGCAAGGAAGGUUUCACCUCUACGAGGGUUAUUCAAUGUGCAAGGUCACAUUCCCUGUUCGAAUCUUCAAGCUGAUGGGUGUGGAGACCAUUAUCGUGACAAAUGCCUCUGGAGGUCUUUGUCAGGAUUUUAAAGUGGGAGACAUCAUGGUUAUUAAGGAUCAUAUUAACUUGCCGGGGUUUGCUGGACAGCACCCGCUGUGUGGGCCCAAUGAUGAACGGUUUGGGAUCCGGUUUCCCUGUAUGUCUGAUGCUUACAGCAAAGCCCUGAGGAAGCUUGCUCUAGACAUCACUGCCGAGCUGGGCUACUCCAAUUUUGUGCGUGAGGGGGUCUACUGUAUGGUUAGCGGACCCAACUUUGAGACCAUCGCUGAGGCACGCAUGUUACACAUUUUGGGGAGCGAUUCUGUAGGCAUGAGCACGGUACCAGAGGUGACUGUAGCCAAGCACUGUGGACUGAGUGUCCUGGGCCUUUCGCUCAUCACCAAUAAGGUUUCUCUGGACUACAGCCGGGAGGAAAAGGUCAAUCACGAAGAAGUUCUGCAGAUCAGCAAAAUGAGAGCUGAGAUGCUUCAGAACGUGCUCAUGACAUUCAUCGCUCGCUCUCAUCAAGUGGAGACCAUCAAUAACAACAACCCCAAUGCUGUGUAGUGUCAAUCAGACCGAUGAAUCAAGGGAAGCAUCGACGUGCAUUUACAUUUAGUCAUUAAGCAGACGCUUUUAUCCAAAACGCGAUGAACUUAAAUGAUUCAUGUUAAGACGUUUAGACAGGGGCUCUCAAACCGGGACCAAUGGGCCCUAAGACGUAUCCAGGGUGUCACAGAUUGUGUGGCAUUUUUUAAAAUAUAGAAAUUUAUCAUAGAUUAUAUGCAAUCGAUCUUCAGAAAAAUACGACCACCAACCCAAAAAGUGAUGCUCCAGCAUUAUAUAACUAAAUAUGUUUUUGGUUUACUAAAUAUACAAGAUUGUAGAUCUUUAUUUGGCACCGCAAAGCGAUGCACUCUACACAAAGGGGCCUUACAACAACAAAGUUUGAGAGCCACUGGUUUAGACUGUUUAUCUUUAGUGCAUGUGGAUGGUUGAAACUUUCAUGUAUAUAGCAGACCUCCUAUGCUUUAGAGGGAAUGUACUUGAUCUCCAGCGGAUGAUUUUCAUCUUGUUUUUCUGUAUUCAACUUCGCAUUACAAGAAUGCAAAAGAGCAAAACUGUAAAUCAACAUACCUCUGUUGUUAUGAUGAUGCAGGAAUGUUAAAAAUCAACAUUUUUGAGAACCAAUAAAAUUAUAAUAAUACUGUGGACAGGUAACAGACUUAAUGCUUUCUCGAUGUGAUACAAAAAUCAUGUUUAUCUAUUCCUUCAUGUGAUUUAAGGUUUAACUUGAGAAACAAAAUGAUGUUCAGAGGAAUAUACAUAAUGUUGCUGGCGAAUCUAAAUGACUGCAGUUUUAAAUUGAUUGCUGUACACAGUUUUAAUAUACUUUUUUUCAUUUAUGAAACAUCAGCAAAAUCACUUUGCAUGAGCUGAAUAAUUAGUCCUAAUUCAUCCGAUGUUUAAAUUAAAUAAUAAAAUAUAGCUUUGCUUUA